AUGGACGUCGUCAUGCCCAGAGAUAAAGAGAGUGGAGCCUUUCGUGGUUUUGCCCUUAUUCACAUGGAAAGCGAGGUUGAGCUCGCGCGAGCAGUCAGUAUGAUUCAUGGAUUGAGCUUCGGAGGUAAGAAGAUCCUAGUGCAACGAGCGCGGUAUGGUCCCAAUUUGAUAUCAUCUAAGCUCAGUCCUCCAAAGCAGGCCCCUACCAAAAACAUCGAUUCUAAUGCCUCCCAUCCUCUUAAAACUAGGCCAGUUUAUCGUCCGGUUUCUGAUCAGCCUAAGUCGUCCGUAGCACACUCGUUCAAAGACGCUCUCAUCCUUGGUGCGCCGGCUUUUUGCCCAGUUCUAUCACCUGAUGCUGAAAUAGGAGGGUUGAUGGAGAAUGGCGAGACCUGA